AAGAGAGAGAAAAAGAAGGAAUGAGAGAGAGAGAAGAGUAGCAAACAAUAGAAGGGAAGUCUUCCUCUCUCUGUAGGUGCUGGUCUUUAUUUGCUGGAAGAGAAGCCAAAAAAGCAAAAGCUAUAACGCUUAAAAUCCCUUCAUUCUUUCGUAAGGUUUUUCUUUUUUCUUUUUAAUUAAAGGUUUUUUUUUUCACUCUUGAUCCUCUCUUUUAGUUUCAACCAUCUCCCCUCAAUCUUACAUUGCAAUUCAAAUUCUUCGUUUCUUGCACUUCCUAUCUUUGUUUUCCCUUCAUUUCCCCAUUGUUGCAUGUUUAGAAACUUUUUUUCUUUUGCUAGAUUUCGUUCAAAGUUAGCGUCUUUGAGGUUUUGCAAAAUUAGGGCUUUUUUGGGGGUUUAGGUACCAUUUAUGUUCAGCUUCUAAAGCUUUGAUUUUGAAGGGAAAGUUUUCUUCUUUAGCUGUUUUUGGUUAAAUUUGCUGUGAUAGCUUGGAAUUAAAGCUUUGAUUUUGAAAGGCAUUAGCUUGGAAUGUUUUAGAUUUGGUGGGUAUUCGAUAUUUUCCCGGUGAAUUAUAUUAGUGAUGUCUGUGAACAACAAUAACCCCCCUAAGAGCCUUGUGGCGUCUUCAUCGCCCUUCGGUAAUGCGGGGAUGGUGCCACCAUCUAUGCCUGGAAACCCAGCAUUCUCACAAGCACAGGCACAGGCACAAGCACAACUCAAUGCUGGUUUUCCAGCUCAGUAUCAGUUAUCUCAAGCUCAGGCCCUUGCUCAGGCUCAGUCAAAAGCUCAGGCUCAUGCUCAAGCUCAGGCGCAGGUAGCUCAUGCCCAAUUCCAAGCACAACUACAAGCUCAUGGUUUGUCCCUUAAUCAGGCUCAGAAUGCUGGCAUUGAAUUAGGUUCGUCUUCACCGUCCAUGUCUACUCCUGGCAGUGCAAGUGCAAAGAGGAUCCUACAAAAGCCCCCUGUACAUCCUUCUGGUCCUGGUGUUCCUGUGAAUAACACAAUCCCGCCUUUGAGAACAAUGGAACUUACACCUGCUGCACGUAGAAAGAAGCAGAGGCUUCCUGAUAAACAGCUACAGGAUAGAGUGGCAGCGAUUCUUCCUGAAUCUGCUUUGUAUACCCAGCUUCUUGAGUUCGAGGCACGUGUUGAUGCUGCAUUAGCUAGGAAAAAAGUUGACAUCCAGGAAGCAGUUAAGAACCCUCCUUGUGUUCAGAAAACACUUAGAAUAUAUGUCUUCAACACAUUUGCUAAUCAGAUUAAGACUAUUCCCAAGAAGCCUAACGCAGAGCCCCCAAUGUGGACCCUUAAGAUUAUUGGGAGGAUCUUGGAAGAUGGGGUAGAUCCAGAUCAACCUGGGUUUGUUCAAAGGACAAACCACUUAUACCCGAAGUUUUCAUCUUUCUUCAAGAUGACAAUUUCCUUGGACCAGAGACUAUAUCCGGAUAAUCAUAUCAUUAUAUGGGAGCUCGCUCGGUCACCUGCUCCUCAUGAAGGUUUUGAGGUGAAGAGAAAAGGGGAUAAGGAAUUCACCUUGAAUAUACGGUUGGAAAUGAAUUAUGUACCUGAGAAAUUCAAGCUUUCUUCAGCAUUAAUGGAAGUUCUUGGUAUUGAGGUUGAUACGCGCCCCAGAAUUAUCGCUGCAAUUUGGCAUUAUGUUAAGGCUAGAAAGCUUCAGAACCCAAAUGAUCCGUCUUUCUUUAAUUGUGAUGCACAACUACUGAAAGUUUUUGGGGAAGAAAAAGUAAAAUUUACCAUGGUUUCGCAGAAGAUUUCACAUCAUUUGUCACCACCACCACCCAUACAUUUGGAGCAUAAGAUCAAGCUUUCCGGGAACAGUCCUGCUGGUACCGCAUGCUAUGAUGUGUUAGUUGAUGUGCCCUUCCCUAUACAAAGGGAAUUGUCUGCUCUGUUAGCAAAUGCAGAGAAGAGCAAAGAGAUCGAUGCUUGUGAUGAAGCAAUAUGUGCUGCCAUAAGGAAAAUUCACGAGCAUCGAAGAAGGCGUGCAUUCUUUCUAGGGUUCAGUCAAUCACCAGUGGAAUUUAUUAAUUCUUUAAUUGAAUCUCAGAGCCGGGAUCUGAAAUUGGUAGCUGGGGAAGCUAGUCGAAGCUCUGAAAGGGAGCGCCGAUCAGAUUUCUUCAACCAACCAUGGGUGGAAGAUGCUGUUAUCCGUUAUCUGAAUCGCAAGCCACCUGCUGGAAGCGAUGCACCUGGAAGCACAUGAAUCAUGGUUCCGAAGCUAUACGAUUUUCAUUGAUUUGAAUCAUGUACCAAUUGUAGGCCAUUACUUUAAUGGAAUUAAGAGGGGAUGUAGAACAGGAAGUAGCUUGUUUAGGCAUAAUUAUCAUCAAACUUAAUAAAAAAAAAUAGAUAGUUUUUUUUUUUUUGUUCAAUUUGUAAUUUGUAAUUUAUAUAUAUGGUAGACUGCAGGCUGCUUUUUUGGUUUGAUUUCAAUGUUUCUUCAUGAUCUAUAUC